GACCGAGCAUCGAGCGUCGAGGAGGCUCUCUGGAGGAGCUAUAACCGAGGAGACACUGAUGGGUCCUCCACGCUCCUCCACGGAUGCAUUUCCAGGAACGGUGGAGUAUAAAAGAGGCGUGACAUACCGCUGGAUUCAUUUAAAAACCAUGGCGGGAGCAAAGCACAAAUGGACAGAGGAGGAAACUCUGACCCUUAUUAAAGUGAGGGUCGAGAAUGACGAGCUUUUCACGGGCCGAAGGCACACUGCCAAGAAAGCCUGGGAGGAAAUUCCAAAGGCCCAUUCGGUUCUGUAAGCCCCACAAGUGGGACAACUUGAAACGAAAAUACAAGGAGUUGAGAUGCCCCCCAACCGGGACAGGGACCGACAGGGGAGAGGCCACAGCAGCCACAUGGCCAUAUUUUACGGCCAUGCAUGAGGCCAUCGGUGGGAGGCCAUCCAUCGACCCUCCCACCCUGAUGGACUCGGCCACUGCUGCUGUGGCUUCUGGCAGUGGCUCAACAUCCACUGAGGCUGUCCAGAGCCAGGCUACAGUGGAGGAUGAGGAGGCCGCCAAGUCUGGCUCGGACAGCCAGGAGGAUGUUGAGCCAUCCACCUCUGCUGGUCCCCCUCCCCGGAAAAAAAGAAAACGCAGUUUAUUGCAGUUCCUGGAGGCGGAGGCGGCCAAGGAGGAGGAGGCGGCCAAGGAGGAGGACCGCUUCAACCGCCAGCAGGCAGCCAGUGAGGAAACCUCCAAAAGAUUCCUCGACUUAUUUGAAACGUUAGUUCGAAAAGAAUAGUUUCCGUUCUUUGUUUUUCGUUUGGUUUGGAUUUGUUAUAUUGUUUUGUGUGACGUUUAUGAAAAUAUUUAAGUUUGGAAUAAAUAUUAAGUUUGUCGUUAAAUCAGUAGCCUUCUUUACAGUUCGAAAUACAGAACAAAAACCAACACAUGUUUACUGAAAAUAUACAAGGAGAUCUUUAUUUGUAUACAAAGCUCAAUAUGUUAUGAUUGUGACAUGACUAAAAAGCCAACGUUUUUAAACUCAUUGUGCAACCCAAGGUAUACUGAAACUCAUAAUGACCACUUUCAUUUCUGAAUUGUAAAUCUCCUCCUCAUAAUUCUGCGCCUAAACCAACCAUGUGUAAAUUAUCCAAAUGCAAUAUCAGGGAUGUUUUAUUAAUAAAUCAAUACAAAUUGAGUCAAGUUACUGCAGCUCAAGCCCUAUAA